CGCUGAGUCCAAACCUAAUCCUCUUUCCCAGUUUCACUCCAAUUGGGAUUCAAAGCAAAAAAGUUCUCUAAUGCAAAUCCAUCGUCUCUGCUAUUCAUCCAUUGCUAAUAAACUCAUCCUAUUUCGGGUUAACUCUUUCUCUCUGCUUCACUUGACUGAUUAUAUGCCAAUACGCUUUCAGUUGAUUGGUUCAUUCUCAAAAUUCGUGAAACCCUAAUUCACUUCCCCCAUCGUUGAUUUUGUCUCCGGACCUAUUGGGCCAAGGGUAUAGAUUUAUAGUCGUAUAUUGGAUGAAACUUUGAAUCGGAAUGGGGAGUUUAAUUCGUGCGCCGAUGAUGGAUUUGAAGGCCAUGAGUUUGUCGGGCUGUCGGUUUUCUUGUCGGCCUUCCAUUGACUCGUAUUCGGUCGCUUGUGAGGCGUUCUCUGAACAGUUCAUCUUCCUUUGAUUCGCAAUUGGGAUCGGUUUGUUGCUGGUGUUGUUCGCUAGUUGUUGUUUUUUUCCCUUCUCGUCUUCUUCUGGUUUUUGCGUGUUUUGGGAUCGGAAUCGCAAUGGAUUCGGAGGUAGACUUGUUGUUGGCAGUGAAAGAGUUGUGUGGUAAUUCGAAAGCAAAGUUGGAUCCUGUUGAAGCUGAUAUUGUUGAGAGAUCGCCAGAUGGCCGAUACAUUCGGUAUAAUGAAAUCCUGGGGAGAGGAGCAUUCAAAGUUGUAUAUAAGGCUUUUGAUGAGGUUGAAGGAAUAGAAGUUGCUUGGAACCAAGUAAGUAUUGACUGUGCAUUAGAGUCACCAGAAAAUCUGGGACGAAUAUAUGCAGAGAUCCACAUAUUGAAGGCAUUGAAGCAUGAAAAUAUCAUUAAGUAUCACUACUCUUGGGUUGAUGAUAAGAACAAAACUAUCAACAUGAUUACCGAAUUAUUUACUUCAGGGAGUUUGAGGCAAUAUCGUAAGAAGCAUAAGAGUGUUGAUUUGAAGGCUAUCAAGAAUUGGGGGAGGCAAAUUCUCCAAGGUUUAUGUUAUCUACACAGUCAUAGUCUGCCUGUUAUUCAUAGAGAUUUAAAAUGUGACAACAUUUUUGUUAAUGGGAAUAAUGGAGAAGUCAAAAUUGGGGAUCUUGGUUUGGCAACCGUCAUGCAGCAACCUGUUGCACGUAGUGUUAUUGGUACUCCAGAAUUCAUGGCUCCAGAGCUUUAUGAUGAGGAAUACAAUGAACUAGUUGAUGUAUAUUCUUUUGGAAUGUGCAUGUUAGAGUUAUUAACAUGUGAAUAUCCAUACAGUGAAUGCAAGAAUUCAGCACAAAUAUUUAAGAAGAUCUCCUCAGGUGUAAAGCCUGAAGCCCUUAGUAAAGUUAAGGAUUCCCAAGGAAAGCAGUUCAUUGAACAAUGUCUCCUUCCAGCACAUCUGAGAAAAUCUGCAGCUGAGCUAUUGAAUGACCCAUUUCUUUCCAUUGAAAACUCAAAAGAGCCCCCUGAGUUGCACAGAUAUGUUCCCAAGUCAAUAGAUAUGCCCAGACCUGAUCCUCUCUCCAUGGAAAUAGAUUCUGAUGAUAUUCUUUCUGGUAGUACUUGUUCCGAAAAUUCUUGGGAGACUCCUGAUACUUCAGUUUCGGAGCUGAGGAGAUCCAAUGGAGAAAAUGAAUUCAAAAUACAGGGCAGGAAGAAUCAUGAGGACUCGGUUUCAUUCAAUUUGCGCAUUGCUAGCUCGUGUGGUAAAGUGAAAAAUAUUCAUUUUAUAUUUUACCUAAAAGUAGAUACCACAUUCUCAAUAGCUAGUGAAAUGGUUGAGGAGCUGGAUUUGUCAAAUCAAGAUCUGACUUUGAUAGGUGAAUUGAUAGAUAGCGUGAUCAUAAAACUUGUACCCAACUGGAGGCCUUCAUCUGAAAAGUCUAACAAUGCAAAGAGUUCAUACAAGGGGAACGGACAUGUGGAUGAUCAAAACAUCUCAAGCUCGCGGGCUUUGGCAUCUCAAGUUUCUGGUGAGGCCAUAUUCAAGCAGCAUGGUUCUAGAGUUGCAAAUGAGGAGGAUAAUUGUUCAGAGGGAUUUCAACACGGAGGAUGUGAGGGUGGUUUGCCUGAAUCGUUUAUAAUGAAUGAAACGAUGAAGAAUUUGGAUAUUUCUUUUUCGGGUGCUCUAUCAAAUGACGUGGGCUUGCUGCUGGAAUCUGAAGCAAAUGUAGAUCAGCUCAGUGAAUUGAAGCUGGAGCUUGAAGCCAUUGAGAUGCGAUUUCAACAGUGUUUCCAGGAACUUAUGAAGAAGAAGGAAGAAGACAAAGAAAAAGCCAAAAAAAGGUGGAUUGUAAGGCAGAUUUUUGUUAUUUGAUGUAAAUACAUAAUCUCCCUAUGAAUUUCUUGCUAACAGGAGGAGAAAUCAGAGCUUCUUCGGCUGAGGCAGUUUUCUUCAUUUUCAGUAAGCUAAGCUAAGCGGGUGGUGAUUUUUUUGUGUUUUUCUUCUUAGAAUUUGAUUAAACUUUGGCUGUUGAUUGUUUCUUUAGUUGUAGUGGAAAUUUGUUCUUAAAAAAUCUUGCACCCAUGAAUUUAAUUUUUUGUUAAUUACUUGUUACAUGUAAGGUCCCAGUAUUGAGAUUGAGUAGUGUGUGACUCUGGCCCGCUUGUUUAGCAUUGUGGUGAAACUUUUGUAAUUAUAAAAUUAAGUAAAAUAUCAAGAGUUGUUCUUUUCA